AUGUCGUCUCUUUUUGUUUCGGAAGAUGAAGAAUACGACGAUAAGAUCGCCACUUCAUACUUGAGUACAUCAGAAAUUCAAAAAGCGGAAGAGCCAGGAACUACCGAUGUCGCUGAAACUAUCGAACAGCUGGAACUCCCGCCAAUUGAAAUUUCUGUCGAGCGAACACAACAGCAUUAUGACUCACAGAACCAUCAGAACGAGACCGAAACUUCUUUUCCUGUAGUUGUGUCUAAAGAGCCAGAAUCAAUAGCAGUCUACAAAUCCAAGGAAGUUUGCUGCAACUUGCCUCUCAGGUUCUAUCAGGAAAUUGCUGAGACACUUCUAUCUAAGGACUGUCUUCUAAUAUUAGGACGGGGCCUUGGAUGUGAAGUCGUAACCGCAAAUGUUCUUUAUGCAUUGAGCACACCAUCCGUAUCUCUUGAACAUGGAAAUUUGAUUCGUCGGAAAAAGAGCUUGGUGAUACUUCUCAAUGCCCGACCCGAGGAGCAAGUUAAAUUAAACGACAUUUUAAUGGAAUUGAAAUGGAUGAACGAGUCUUGCAAUCCUGACGAGACCUCUGAAUUCGAUGAUGACUGGACAACUCCAUUGAGAGUAGUGGGUAGCUCUGAUUUGGCCAACACAACGAAAAGAAGAGCGGUGUAUGAGGAAGGUGGAGUCAUAUUCAUAAGUUCCAGAAUACUAGUUGUCGACCUUCUAUCUGGAAUAAUACGUCCAGAGGAUAUCACUGGUAUCUUUUUGAUGCACGCAGAGCGUGUAAAAGAAACUUCAAAUGAAUCUUUAAUUCUAAAUCUCUAUAGAGAUGGCAACAACUGGGGUUUUUUGAAGGCAGUUUCGGAUGAGCCAGAGUCGUUCACGGGCUUUACACCGCUUAGUACCAAGUUGAAGAUUUUGAGACUCCCCAAUGUAUUUUUAUGGCCGAGAUUCCAUGUGGAAGUUUCCCUGCUGUUGCUUAAGUUUUCAGGUGCAAACCAAGGACUUGUGACAGAAAUCAGCGUGGGUCUCUCCCCGAAGAUGAAAAAGAUACAAUCAGCUAUACUUUCAUGCCUUCAAGCCUGCUUGAGUGAAUUGAGGAGGCAUAAUCCAAUCUUAGAGACUGACUACUGGGAUAUGGAGAAUGUGCAUGAUAAAGAUUUCGUUAUGAGAGUGAGAUUAUCUCUCGAACCACAAUGGCAUCGUGUCUCUUGGACAUCUAAGCAAUUGGUGUCCGAUCUUGCCACACUCAAAGACCUUUUAGCUGAGCUUUUAUCGGCCGACUCUCUCACAUACUAUCAAAGGGUUCAGGGUAUUAUAGAUGCUAAUAUCAAAAGCUCAAGCAUUGGCACAAUGGCGACAACUACAACGAGCCCUUGGCUAAUGAUGGAUGAGGCGACAACUAUAAUUGCGUACUCAAAAGAAAGAGCUCUAGGUAAAUCAACCGCCGAAGAUGCCGCAUCUACUGACUUGGUAUACAACCUAGAGGAGCAACCUAAAUGGGAACAAUUGUCCCUUGUGAUUGAUGAUAUCAUGCAUGAAAGAUCCAUAGAUCCACUGAAGACUGAAGGGCCCAUAUUAAUUAUGUGCUCAAAUGACAAAAUUGCCCGCCAGCUCUCUAAUGUUUUAGCUUGUACUAAAAUGCGUGUGAAUCCAAUAACAGGCAGAAGAAGGUAUACUGCUCGAAGCUUUAUGAUUGGCAAAUUAAGAGACUACCUUGACUGGAAGGCAUUAACAUCACUCACGAAAGAAGUUGCCAUAAAGCUUAAUGCAAAAGAGGAGGGCCAGGAAGAAUCCCAAGAGCAAGAGGAAGAGAAACUAAACACAUCAAAAUCCUUCACAAGAGGAAAAAAUGCCCCUCAAAGCAAACGCAGGAGAACUAGAGGUGCUUCUGCUGUGGCGAAUGUCUCGAGGUUUUAUUCUGGGUCUAAUUUUGAUCGAACCUCAGGAGCAGUUGAUCUAGAUGAAAAUAUCAUUAAAUCUCUUGAAGGUGAAGCUGGAAGUGAUUCACACGACGAACCAGAAGUUCAAGAAAUUGCCAGUGAACUGAACGAGGAAGAUAAUCAUGGACUUUUUAUUGAGGAAGAGAAUUCUAUUCAGUUUGAUUUAAAGCAUACCGAGAAGUUCAAUCAAGUGAUUGUUGAGACAUACAAUGACUCAACAAAUGAGUUUCUACUUCAAGAGCUCAAUCCUUCAUAUGUGAUCAUGUAUGAACCUGACCUUACGUUUAUUCGUCGGGUUGAAAUAUAUCAAGCUAUGAAUCCCGCCUCUCCUGCCAAAGUGUUCUUCAUGUACUACGGAACAUCGGUCGAGGAACAAUAUCAUCUAUUAAAAAUAAGGAUGGAAAAGCAAGCUUUCACCAGACUUAUAAAAGAGAAAGCAACUUUGGGAAAGCAGUUUCAGACAGAAAAAGACAAUUGGAAAUUUCGUAUACAAAAACCCCAUGUGGUGAACACACGAAUUGCUGGUGGGGCUGAAUUUAGAACGGAGGAUGACGAAAUGAGAAUUAUAGUCGAUACUAGAGAGUUCUCAUCUUCAUUGCCAAACUUAUCGUACCGUGCCGGAAUCAAGGUGAUUCCAUGCAUGUUGACUGUUGGAGACUAUAUUAUCUCACCCAAAAUUUGUGUGGAGAGAAAAUCUAUUCCAGAUUUGAUUGGAAGCUUCAAAAGUGGACGCUUGUUCCUGCAAUGUGAACAAAUGUUUCGCCAUUAUGAGCUACCUUGCCUUCUCAUCGAGUUCGAUGAGUCCAAAUCAUUUUCAUUCAAGCCUUUUUCUGAUGUUAGACCCCCUGGACAAAAGACAAGCGGAGCUCAAGGGACAAUGAUUCAAAAUAAAGAAAUACAACUGAAAAUUGCUGAACUUCUUGUGUCUUUUCCGAAACUCAAGGUGAUUUGGUCCUCCUCGCCGUACGAAAGCGCCCAAAUAUUUUUGGAACUAAAGGCUGCUCAAGAAGAGCCAAACAUAGAGGAGGCACUUUCUAAAGGCGUGAAUCCUUCAAUUGCCACAGAAGAGGGGCCUCCUAACUUUAAUGAUGAUGCUGUUGAUGUGUUACAGACGAUUCCGGGAAUCAAUAAUACCAAUUACAUUUCGGUCAUACAGAAAGUACGGAAUAUGAUAGAAUUAGUCUGUCUUCUGAGAGAGGAGCUUAUAGACUUGUUGGGAACAGAAAACGGAAACAAAGCGUUUAAUUUCAUUAAUCAUGAGAUUCGAUGA